GAUAUUGGUGGCGACAGGUAGACUAUAACCUCGUCAAAGGGAGAAUGGGUCAAAUUCUCUCACCGUGUACAAAUUUCCAUGAUUGCUGAAACUUGGAAAAUUCUAAGAACCAACAGCUUAUAAGUACUCAUUUCAUCACUGCCAGCUGCUUCAUCAAAGAGUAUACCCACGUCUUUCAACUUCAAUAUACACUAUAGAAUUCCCCUCCCUCUAAGGCUAGCUAGCUCCAAAAAAAAAAAAAAAACUUCAGCACUCUCUCUCUCUCCAGCCGCACAUUUACAUAUAUAAUUAAGUUGAAUUCGAACACACCAAUCUAUAUUCAUGGAAGCAACAGCGUACAGAAAAUCAAGAAGCUUACCCCUACAGCCCCCAACUUAUGGAGACCUAGUCACUAUUCUCAGUAUUGAUGGGGGUGGAAUACGAGGGAUUAUCCCAGGAAUUCUCCUCAGCUUCCUAGAGUCUGAGCUGCAGAAGCUGGACGGUGAAGGUGCAAGGAUUGCAGACUACUUCGAUGUGGUUGCGGGAACAAGCACAGGUGGUCUUGUGACGGCCAUGCUCGCUAGCCCCGGUGGAGAUGACCGCCCAUUGUUUGCUGCCAAAGAUAUCAAGGACUUCUACCUUGACAAUUGCCCAAAAAUCUUCCCACAAGCUUGUAGUCCGCCAUUUGCUUUGUUUGCAAAAAUAAUCAAAUCUCUGUCGGGGCCAAAAUACGAUGGGAAGCAUUUGCACGGCCUUGUGAAGGAAAAACUGGGAGACACCCGUCUGCACCAGACAUUAACCAACGUUGUAAUCCCAACAUUUGACAUCAAGCAACUCCAGCCAACCAUCUUCUCUUCCUAUGAUGUGAAGAACAAGAGGCACUUAGAUGCCUGUCUCUCGGAUAUAUGCAUUGGAACCUCAGCAGCACCCACUUAUCUCCCGGCCCACCAUUUCCAAAUCAAAGACGCCUCAGGAAAAGUCAGAGAAUUCAACCUAAUAGACGGCGGUGUGGCUGCAAAUAAUCCCACUUUACUGGCCAUGGGCGAGGUAACAAAGGAGAUCAAAAGGAAAAAUCCUGAUUUCUAUCCUAUCAAACCGAUGGACUAUGGCCGAUUUCUGGUGAUAUCCUUGGGCACAGGCUCGCCCAAAGCUGUAGAGAAAUACACGGCGGAAGACGCAGCAAAAUGGGGUGUACUAGGUUGGUUGAACCACGGUGGUUCCACCCCCUUAGUGGACGUGUUCAUCGAAGCAAGUGCCGACAUGGUCGACGUCCACAUUUCCACUGUUUUCCAAGCCCUUCAAUCCGAAAAAAAUUACCUUCGAAUACAGGACGACACGUUAAGCAGGGUGUUGUCUUCGGUUGAUGUAGCCACGAAAGAGAAUAUGGAAGAGCUUGUGAAAGUUGGUGAGGGAUUGCUAAAGAAACCAGUUUCCAGGGUGAAUUUGGAUACGGGCAUCUUCGAGACUGCUCCUGGUGAUCAAGAAUCUAAUGAGAAAGCACUCAGCAGGUUUGCUAAAAUACUAUCGCAAGAGAGAAGCCUCCGUCUUGCUAGAUCACCACUCGGACAUGCAACAAAUCCCAAAUAAUAUUCUACAUUUUAUUAAGACAAUUCUCCUUUUUUUUUUUUUUUCUUUUUUGUCUUUUUUUUUUUUUUACAUUACUAAACAUUGUACUAGUAAAAAAAUUGUUGAUUAUUCUUUUGAAUAGAUCCAAUGAUCACUAAUUAAUUGGAUAAGUUUUGAUAUAAACAUGUUGUAAUCUUUUGUGUUAUAUAAACAAAUCAAUUUUUUAUUGAAA